UCUGUCUACAAUCUAUAUGUAUGGUAAUUCUCUUACUGUCAAUGUACUUGCGAUCUAUGCAUAAAACAUUACGAUUUCGUUGUGUGUAAAACAUUCUGCACUAAAAAGCUGACUCAACAGGAUACAGAGAUCUCACGAUUACGAUUCUUAAAUAAUUUACUACGAACUUACAAUUUAAGCAGGUAACACACCUGAUAAAAGAGCAUAAAAGGCAGAGGUUUCAGUUGUCUAUACAUAUGAGUCAAACCUGUUGCCAGGCAACAGAAGAAUCGAUAAACAAUGCGUUCAGACGCGAUUGUCGCCGGUUCUUUUUAGUUCAACCAGUUCAACCGGAAUCCCGAACAGGUCACAUCUAAUUUCAAACCAGUUCUUUAAUAAGGCAAUCGACAAUAUUCGAUAGUAAAAAAAACAUGUCGAUUAAAGUGAGGAAGAAAAAAAUAGCCGGCAAUUAUAAAGUUAAGGAACCUAUAAAUAAUUUUAAAAUAAGAGUCCGAAUCGUACAGCAAAGGCCUUUGCUUGCGGAGCUGCUCGAGAACGAAGGGGAUAACGCCAGGGACACGAAUUUCCUGGAGGAAGAAGACCGGAUUUUCGGUUGGCAGCAAAAAGUAUUUAGUCCGUUCGAGGUGAACUUUUACAGCGAGGAGGCCAAUUGUUUGACUGAAUCCCAGAAGCUGUAUCACCGCCAGAUCAAGGAGACCGAUAUCACCGGUUCUCUACUGUACACGUUCACACAGAAUGAUCCCUACUAUUCGAAGAACGAAUUGUUGACAAGGCCAUACAGAACGAGAUUGGGGAACAGGAACCAAACUGCGUUACCGGUUUUACAAAAUCGCAAGCCCUUCUCCGAAAGGUAUAAUAAAAUGGUGGUUGACGAUGCACCUGACGAGACGCGGAUCCGUACAAACCAUUACCUUUACGCGGAUCAUUCCACGAUGUAUGUCAUGGUUGAUUUAUUACAACGAGAUAAAAUCUUGACGGGCUCCGACGGUGAUAAUGAAACGAUGCUGUGUGUCAUCACUUACGACGGGUUGCACAAAAUUUUGUCGGUAAAUCCAGACUUCACCGAUGAUCGUUGUUACGUUAUCACAAAUUCCAGCGGCGUUCAAUUUAAUUACUGGAUUGAACAUGCUUCCCAGAAGCCGUCGUCAUUGGAAUUGCAACAACAACAAAACGAAUCGCGGCGUGUAAGUAUGUUCGUUUAAAUAUACCUUCAAUUAUUCGAAUAUAUAAAAAAACGUGACGACAGUAUGUUCACUUGCGCGUUGUUAAUAAUUGUUAUCUUACUUACUCUUGCUAUGAAACAUAAAUAAUUGUAUUCAGACUUUUAACUUAACUCUUAACUAACUAGUAACCGAGUAUGCAAUACAUGGAACAUGUAUUUAAAUGCCACGUUUAUCAUACAGUAUAAUGAGCCUGUUUGCACAUUUGGAAUUGAUUUUUCAUUAGAUUUUAAUACCUAUUAGGAAUGAGAAUUUUUGUUGCAUUUCGUAUUUGAAUUCGCGAAUGCUUUUAUCAAGUUAAUCCAAAUGAUUAGCCUGUGGAUUUUAUACACUUACACAGAAAUUAGAAUUGCAAAAAAUAAAUAAAAUGCAAUGUACAAAAACAACAUACGUAGAUCAACAUUUGUUAAAUAACAAAAGAAAUCUGAAUCUAAACUACAUUUUUUAAAGUUGUGUAUCAGCCAUCAGAUCUCUGGCAAAAGUUUAAGAAAUGUGAUAAAAAUAUAUCCAAAUAUUGAAGCGAUAAAUUUGUAGGAAAAAUGAUAUUCGUAGGGAAGCAAGGUUUAUUAAACGUGCUUUUUAAGUCACAGGAAACUUUUAAUACAUAAUUUCUAA